UAUAAUUUACCUUUCUUUUGUUCCCUUCACGAGCAGAUUCUAAGACGAAUUCCACUACCCCACACCAUUGUCACUUCCUUUGCACAACCCAAGUCCUUCAAAAAGAAGCACCGGCAAUGAUAACCCAAUGAAAGAGCAGAUACAGUGAGAGAGACCGCAGAAGAGAGAGAGAGAGAGAGAGAGAGAGAGAGAGAGACCACUUUGUAAUAGAUGGGCAGCCUCACAGCCCGUUACCGUCAUACUUCUCUGACUCCUUUUCCGAGCUCUUCGUUCGCAUUGCCAUUGUUAAGAUUGGCCCUCACAGUACUCGCCUUCCUGUCUCCGGCCGCUGCCGGCGACCUCUACAACCUUGUCUAUAAGGGCUGCGCCAACCAGUCCUUCCCCGGCGGCGCUGCAGCCUACGGCCAGGCCCUCGCCGCCCUCUCCUCCUCCUUGACUGCCCGCGCCGCCACCUCCGAGUUCUACAAGACCACCGCCUCAUCCGCCAACGGCGGCCAGUCCCUCUUCGGUCUCUUCCAGUGCCGCGGUGACCUCUCCUCCUCCGAUUGCUCUGCCUGCGUUAGCCGCCUCCUCCCCAUGUGGCCGUCUCUCUGCGGCUACGCCGCCGCCGCCCGCGUCCAGCUCUCCGGUUGCUACGCCCUGUACCAGGUGUCCGGCUUCCCCCAGAUCUCUGGCACCCAGAUGCUUUACAAAACCUGUGGCUCCGGCGGUGGCGGUGGCGACUUUGAGGUCAAUCGGGACACGGCCUUCAGCCAGCUACAGAGCGGCGUCGCUGGCGGGCAGGGGUUCUACACCACUAGCUACGGCUCCAUCUACACUAUGGCGCAGUGCGAGGGCGACCUCUCUAACGGGGACUGCACCGACUGCGUGGCCCAGGCCGUCCAGAAGUCGGAGGUGGAGUGCGGCGGCGCCACCUCCGGCCAGAUCUACCUCGACAAGUGCUACAUUAGUUACAGCUACUACGCGAAUGGCGUCACCUCCGCCGGCAGCGGCGGUGGCGGUAAUGGAGGGCAAACAGGGAAGACAGUGGCCAUAGUGGUGGGAGGGGCAGCAGGGGUGGGUUUUCUGAUCAUCUGCUUGUUGUUUGCCGGGAGUUUGAUGAGAAAGAAAGAUGAUUUCUGAGGUUGGUGGGUGACAGGUGGGCAAGAACAAUGGUAGGGGAGUGGGAGAGUUACAAUUCUGUAGGUUUCUCUUCCAUGGGGUUGUGGAUGGAUUGUAAGGGAUAGAGAGCGAGAGAUUUGGCUGUUUGCUAUGGACAUAAGCAAGUGAUGGUGGGGAGAAGGUGAGAAGGAAUAAUGGGUUGGAUCCAGUCUGGGGUGUUUUAUAAUAUUAUUAAUACCUACAUAGAGAUGUAAACCUAAAUAGAUUCAAUGUAUUCUUUUUCACAGAAUACAUGCUAA